CGAUUGUAGCGACUGACACUAAUUACUCAAGCUAAACAACUUUCUACACUGCUGUCAUUAUUUCUUCCUCAGGAGUCCGAUCACUCAACUUUCUUCCCCCCUUCUCUUUCUCUUGGGAUUUUUUAUUUUAUUUUGUGCUUGACUUGUCUUCCACUCGUUCUGCACCCCGCUACGAUAUCACCGUCUUUCCCAUUCACUGUGGUCGCACUCAGAAAUGCUGUCAUUAUUGACAGCCACUGCUUUGAUUGAUCGUCGCCACUCUUCUUAUCGUCUGCUCGCUCUCCGUUAGCCCCUCGUUCCCCUCAAACCCCGUCAUCUCAUCAGCGCCAGAAACUCCCCUGAGGGAUGAGCUAUUGACCUCCAUAAUUCUAUAUCAAAAUUAAAAAAACAAGAAAGAAAAGGCAACUCGGACAUCAUGGACAACUCCGAGCCCACCACCCAAAUCCAUUCGCCCGGCGUGCCGAAGAAUAUCCCUACGAUUCAUCAACAUUCCGACUCAAUGGUGACCGUCCCCUUAUCCGACGUACAAUCGAGUUCCGAGCAUACACAGCCCGAUUGGCGGACGCUUGACAUUCCUCAGACCCCGAUCGAAGUGACGUCGCCACCGGGAGACAGCGUAAAUGCGGAUGACCCGACGAAUACCACACCCACACGAGACUCGGAACAACCGAUUCUGCAACCCCGUACAUACCGCGCCUCGGUUGUUUCACGAAGUAGCGAAGAAAUCUUCCGCGGCGAGGUCGAGGGUGUGGACUGGAGGGAAUUGGACAAAUCCGAAGAGCAGGAACCGCGUGGGGAGGGGUCCGAUGAGUCUACCUCGCUUCUCUUAGCUCGGCUGGAGCAGGAAAACAAUGCCUUGGCAACUGAUCCCAAGUCGAGGUUGCAAGCACAGCAGUUUCGCGGAGUGAGGAAGUCCCGGUCACAGUCAUUGCGCCAGGUUAAGCAAUUGAUCAAUGAUGAUCACCGGUCGCUGCGAUACUCCCAACUUCCUCCGCCCCCGUUGACUGAGCUCGAGUUCUGGGCGGCCCUGGUCUCCGAUUACCCACAAACGGCGCAGCGACUGCCAACAUUGACCUCGAAUAAGAUCCGCAGUGGGAUCCCGCCUCCUCUGCGGGGGGUCGUCUGGCCGAGCUUGGCUGGAGCUCGAGAUACGACAUUGUUAGCGGAGUACCAGCGACUUUGCGGCGAGACAAGUCCAUACGAAGGACUGAUCGGGAAAGAUAUCGGCCGCAGCUUCCCUAAUGUGGAGAUGUUCCGCGAUCCUAACGGGGAGGGACAGCAGAUGCUCGCUCGAGUACUCAAGUGUUUCAGUCUGUACGAUACCAAAAUUGGUUACUGCCAGGGCCUGGGGUUCGUGGUUGGUCCCUUGUUGAUGCACAUGACAGACGCCGAAGCCUUCUGCGUCCUUGUACGGCUCAUGGACCACUAUGACAUGCGCACAUGCUACCUUCCGGAUCUAUCUGGGCUCCAUCUCCGUAUUUAUCAGUUCCAAAAUCUUCUCGCCCGUCUUCGCCCAGCCUUAUAUGCGCACCUGGAAUCGUUGCACGUCGAGCCGAUCUACGUAUCGCAAUGGUUCCUAUCAUUUUUUGCGGUCGCGUGUCCGAUGCCGAUGCUUCUCCGGAUUUACGACGUCAUCUUCCUCGAAGGCGCCUGCGAAACUUUGAUGCGCGUGGCGUUGUCGCUUAUGCAGCGCAAUGAGAAAAAGAUCAUGGCAUGCGCAGAGUUUGAAGACGUUAUGCAGCUGUUGUUAUCGAGGAGCUUAUGGGAUACAUAUUCUUGCCACGCGGACGAUUUCGUUAACGACUUCGUGUCCUUGACGUCGCUGGUUACUAAGGAGAGUCUCCAGACUCUGGAGGCCAGCUACAACCAGUCCCAAGGCGUGCCGACCGGCAUUUCCUUCCCCCAGAUGCAAGCUGCGGCGUCCCGGUUUCUGGGCCGUUUCUGGGCGGGGUCUAGCUCUCACACCUCUGCCAAGCCGUUUACCCUCAACCCCAACCACGCUAGCUCCUCGGGCAGCAUUCGCCGUACCACUUCCAAACAAAGCAUGACCUCGACGCUCAAUUCAAUUGAAUCCGCGUCGGAUGCGAGCACUGCUCCGACAGAUCUGUCCACUGAUGCACCGAAGCCGCGUGUCAAGUCCGUCAUGUCUCAGCACAAGGAUCGCGAUCUGCACACGCAGAUUGAGGACUUGCUCAUGGCACUCAGUGACUUACAGCGACAGCAUGCGGACCUCACUCGGGAACUACAACAAGAGCGCGAAGAGCGUGAAGCCGAUCGGGAACUGUCUAAAUCGAUGCUGGGUUACAUUAAGGAGCUCGACAGUCCCCCGACCGAUCUGAUCACCAAGGCGGAAGAGCGAUUUGGAGCGACCGAGGCCCCUGCUCGAGAAUCAAUCGGCCAAACCAAGCAGCAGCUUCUGGAAGACCUCAAUCGAUGGAAGGAGAUGCACUCUGUGGAAUCCGGCCGGUGUCUUGAUUUAACGCGCCGGAUUGACGAGCACGAGAAAGAAAAUAGCUCACUGCGAGAGCAGGUGCGCGAAGCGCGGGGUCGUAUUCAGGAUGGCUACCGUGAACGGCAACGGCUCGAACGCAUGUUGCGCGAAUUGCGCACGGCUCGAAACCCCCGAAGUAGUGCCGAGACACCAACAGAUUACGGCUCGCCCGUCAGCGAACCGGGAGAGGGUACCCCAGGCGGACUGCGCGAGCUGAGACUGGUCCGCACCAACUCGCAGAAGAGCACUUUCACCAAAAGGACCAGUAGUCUCGGUUUGCAGAACGUUCUGUCGACGGAAAACAACAAACCGGCUGCAGAUGAAGCUCUACUCCUUGAAUUGGUCAAUGCAAAGACGGCGGAGGCGGUAGCGAAGCAGGAGUUGGAAGAGAUGAAGGUGAAGAUGGAGGGAAUGAGGAAGUUAAUCGCCGCGUCUCAGCGAUCACCGUCGCAGAACGGCGACCGGAAUUCCCUGGUUCGAUCCCCUUCGUCCGCGGGCAGUCUCCAUAAGGCAUCUACGGAGCCCGCUACUGGCGGCGGCGGCUUCUUUGGAUGGGGUCGCCGGGCGGCCAGCAACGAACAGUAUGCCGAGAAAUAAUUGCGGGGAAUCAGGUGCAUAUAUAUGGUUGUGUUUGUUUGUCCUGUCCGAUUGACCUUGCAUGGCGGAGUUGGUGUGGUUGGCGUUCAUUUGACGCAUAUAUCCCAAGGACCAUAGGCUAUAUUCUGGUGUACAUACAUGGAGAUCUGAGGGCCUGGUGCAUAUUGGAUUGACUUGUAUACCCUCAACUAGUAUGUUGCUAAGCAUGACUGGCGGCUGAAACCGACAAACAUCCGGACCAGUUCGGGCUCAGUAACUUCCAAAGACUCUUCUCUCUACCUUGAUUCCAUUCAUGUACGC